CCAAUCAGCCGCCUUAUCCUUUCACAUGUAUACCCACCCUCGUCCUCGUGGAAAACAUGAAGAAAAACCAUGGAAUGCUUUUCGCAUUGCAGUGAGAUGACCGCACUUUCUCCGUCCACUCAACGUCAACAGAAACGAAGCUUGGGAAUCGGAGCGAUAUUUUGGUCGAUAAGUGGAGAUACGCGUGCCUAAUAGGAACGGCUUUGGUGAAGUAUGGAGAAAGCUGUUAAUCGGCAGAGGAUUCUGCUGGAGCACUUGCACCCUGCGACUUCAUCUACUCGGCGCAUUCCUCAAUCUGAUCUCUCAUCUGCAAUAUGCUCGGCUUCAGAUAGUUCUGCUUAUCCCAGAAAAGCUGCUUUCGAUGAUGAUAUUGUCAUUGUGGCAGCUUAUCGAACUCCCAUUUGCAAAUCCAAGCGAGGGGGAUUUAAGGAUACACUUCCAGACGACUUGCUUGCCUCUGUACUGAAGGCAUUGAUUGAGAAAACAAAUCUCAAUCCUGCUGAGGUGGGAGACAUAGUUGUGGGAACAGUUCUUGCUCCAGGUUCACUGAGAGCCAUUGAGUGCAGGAUGGCAGCAUUUUAUGCUGGUUUUCCUGAUACGGUGCCACUAAGAACAGUCAAUAGACAAUGUUCAUCUGGUCUCCAAGCUGUUGCUGAUGUUGCUGCCUUCAUACAAGCUGGGUAUUAUGAGAUAGGCAUAGCCGCCGGGUUGGAGUCGAUGACAGUAGAUAGAAUGGGUGCUGAUAGGACUGUUAACCCAAAAGUCGAGAGUUUUGCGCAAGCACGCGACUGUCUUCUUCCAAUGGGGAUUACUUCUGAAAACGUUGCAGAGCGUUAUGGGGUGACCAGGGAAGAACAAGAUCAAGCUGCUGUCCUUUCCCAUCAUCGUGCUGCCGCUGCGACUGCAUCAGGAAAGUUUAAAGAUGAAACCAUUCCAGUUUCUACAAAGAUUGUAGAACCCAAAAGUGGUGAGGUAAAGCCUGUUAUAAUCUCUGCUGAUGAUGGCAUUCGUGCAAAUGCAAACGUGGGGGAUCUUGCUAAGUUGAAGCCUGUAUUCAAGAAGAACGGAUCCACAACUGCUGGGAAUGCCAGCCAGGUGAGUGAUGGUGCUGGAGCUGUUCUUCUGAUGAAAAGAAAAACGGCUGUACUAAAAGGGCUUCCAAUUCUUGGGAUAUUCAGGAGCUUCAGUGCUGUGGGCGUGGAUCCUAGUGUGAUGGGAAUUGGCCCGGCAGUUGCUAUCCCGGCGGCAGUUAAGUCCGCCGGUCUUGCACUUAGCGACAUCGAUUUGUUUGAGAUAAAUGAGGCAUUUGCUUCCCAGUAUGUGUACUGCUGCAAGAAGCUGAAUCUUGAUCACGAAAAAGUGAAUGUCAAUGGAGGAGCAAUCGCACUUGGACAUCCAUUGGGAGCUACAGGGACUCGUUGUGUUGCGACGCUGCUACAUGAGAUGAAACGUCGCGGGAAGGACUGUAGAUUUGGCGUCAUUUCCAUGUGCAUAGGGUCGGGUAUGGGUGCUGCUGCUGUACUUGAGAGAGGGGAUUCUGUGGACGACAUGUGCAACGCACGUGUUGCCCGCCGGAACAGCAACUUAUUGUCCAAGGAUGCAAUUUAGACGAUGAAUUGACAUGGGUUCAUUUCUAUGGAUAUUGUAUUUGUGUUGUACCUUCCGUAUUUGGAUAUUGUGAUAAUAAUAGCAACUUCUGGACGCGUUUUUGGUCCCAUCAUUAAGGAUAUGUUUGUUUGCAGAUGAA